UCAGGAAGUAAACAAUGUUUGUUUGACGUUAAACUUCCUUCCUUGUUGUUUCUCUGAAACUUUCCUCAGCUUUUGGAAAUAUGGCCAGCUUUCAUCAGAAAAUAAAAACAAGCGUACCGGAAGAAACCAAGAGCAGUCUGACUGAAAAAGAUUUGCAGAAGUGGGGUUUGCAAGGGAUUCGGUUGCGAGCCUAUCAGCUGGACGGAGUGCAGUGGCUCACCCAGUGCCUGGCCAACCAGCAGGGAUGUAUCUUAGGAGAUGAGAUGGGCCUGGGCAAGACCUGCCAGACCAUCUCUCUGCUAUUGUAUAUGAGAGGGGCCCUGCGGCAGGACGGGCCGUUCCUGGUCCUCAGCCCACUGUCUGUCAUGGACAACUGGAGGAGCGAGAUGGAAUGCUUAUCCCCCUGUCUCAAGGUGCUGUGUUACUAUGGAGACAAAGACAAGAGAGCAGAACUGCAGAGGGACAUGAACAACACACACUACCAUGUUCUACUAACUACAUAUGAGCUCUGUAUCAAAGAUGCCUCAUUCCUGAAAAGGAGGAAGUGGAAAGUCUUGGUAGUUGAUGAGGCUCACAGACUGAAGAACCAGAACUCCCUGUUGCACAAAAUCCUGAUGGAGUUCUCUCUGGAUUUCAGAGUGCUGCUGACAGGAACUCCUAUCCAGAACAACCUGACGGAGCUCUACAGCCUCCUAUCGUUCAUCCAGCCCAGUCUCUUCCCCACAGACCAGACCGAGGACUUCACUAGCACUUACAACCAGGUCCAGACACAACCGACUCUGGCCAGUGAUCUCCAGAGAGUGCUGCAGCCCUUCCUGCUGAGGAGGGUGAAGGCUGAGGUAGCAGCUGACCUCCCCAUGAAGACCGAGAUACUGAUGUACCACGGCCUGUCUGCCCUGCAGAAGAGAUAUUAUAAGGCUAUACUCAUGAAGGACCUGUAUGCCUUUGGGAAUGAGCAGGGAAACAAGACCAGACUGCUUAAUAUACUGAUGCAGCUCCGGAAGUGUGUGGACCACCCCUACCUGUUUGAUGGUGUGGAACCAGAGCCGUUUGAGAUGGGGGAGCAUCUGAUCCAGGCUAGUGGAAAACUCUGUCUGCUGGACAGCAUGCUGGCAUACUUGCACCAAGGGGGACAUCACAUCUUGCUGUUCUCCCAGAUGACCAGGAUGCUGGACAUUCUCCAGGACUACAUGGAAUACAGAGGUUACAGAUAUGAGCGUCUGGAUGGAUCAGUCAGGGGGGAAGAGCGUAACCUGGCCAUCAAGAACUUCAGCAGCAAAGACGUCUUUGUCUUUCUACUCAGCACUAAAGCAGGAGGCGUUGGGAUGAACCUAACAGCAGCUGAUACUGUGAUCUUCAUUGACUCUGACUUCAACCCCCAGAAUGACCUGCAGGCUGCCGCUCGCUGCCACCGGAUUGGUCAGACCAGGGCUGUGAAGGUGAUCCGGCUCCUGGGGAGGGAUACGGUAGAGGAGAUUGUGUACUCCCGGGCAAGUUCUAAGCUCAGCCUUACCAACACAGUGAUAGAAGAGGGGCGUUUCUCUCUGCUUAACCACACCCACUCUGCUGCUGCCGGUCUGCAGCUCAGCGAGAUCCUGAAGUUUGGAGUGGACAAGCUGUUGUCGUCAGAAGAGAGCUCCAUCCAGGCUGUGAACAUGGGUCUGAUCCUGGGUCAGUCUAGAGACGGGGAGUGGCUGACUGAUGAAGCCCCCACCCAGACCAAGGACCUGUCCACAGAGGAGGGAGAAUCUGAGGGACAGAACCACAUGUACUACUUUGAAGGGAGGGAUUACUCCCGUGAGGUGAGCUCUGAGGACCAGAGGACCUUCAGUCGUCUCCUGGAGGAAGAGGCAGGAGGAGGAGGAGGAGGAGAGAGACGAGCGACACGACACAACGAUGAAGUGUGUCUGUCCGGGCCCCUGUUGGCCCCCAUGAGGAAGAGGAAGGCCUUGACUGAGACUGACCGGAAAGAGAGGGAGGAGGCUGCAGCUAAGAGGGCCAGAGUACAGGAGGACAAGAGGAGGAGACUACAGGAGAACAAACACAGGAAGAAGAUGGCAUGGUGGGAGUCCAGUGGGUACAGGUCCCUGUGUUUACCCUCUGUGGAGAGCGAGGAGGAGGAGGAGGCUGAUGACCUCAGUGUGACCUCUACAGAUUCAGAACACUCUGCUAUUAGUUACGUGUUGGGCGAUGUCACACACCCCUACGCCAACCAGGAAGAUGCCAUCAUAGUGCACUGUGUUGAUGACUCUGGCCGGUGGGGUAGAGGUGGUCUCUUCACAGCAUUGGAGAACAGGUCAGAUGCACCAUGUAAACAAUAUGAGCUGGCUGGAAAGAUGAAAGACUUGGAGCUGGGAUCAGUGUUGCUGUUUCCUGUUGAUGAUAAACAGUCUAGACUGGAUGGCCAGGACCAGGUGGCCCUGAUAGUGGCCCAGCAUAGAGCCAGAGACAACAGCCUGUCAGGGAUCCAACUCUCUGCUCUGGAAGAAGGACUCCAGAAAAUCUACAGGGUCGCCAAGACUAACAAGGCGAGCGUCCACCUCCCCCGUAUCGGCCACUCCACCAGAGGGUUUAACUGGUAUGGAACAGAGAGACUCAUCAGAAAACACCUGGCCUCCAGAGGGGUACACACCUCCAUAUACUACUACAGCAGGUCUGUCUCUACCUCUGCUUUAGGUACGUCCACAACACCCUCCACAGCAUCAGCCUCAACCUCCAAGGCCUCAGCCUCAACCUCCAAGGCCUCAGCCUCAACCUCCAAGGCCUCAGCCUCUAGCUCCAAGGCCUCAGCAGCAUCCCCCUCCCCAUCCUCCGUCUCCCCCUCCCCAACCUUCGUCUCGGGCACCCCCUCUCCUCCACACUCCCCCCCAGUGCCACAGUAUCCUGGCCCUGACUCAGACCGGGAGAGUGAGGAAGGAGAGACAGCCAAUCAGAGCAGCAGGACCCCCAGCCCCUCUGGACCUGCUCUGCCUGACUUCAUGAGAGGAGUUCAUGUGUUCUUCUACAACCUGACAGCCUCAGACAGGAAGAGACUGGCCCGCUACCUCAUCACAUAUGAAGGAGAUGAGGAGGAGAUCAUGAGUUCAGAGGUCACACACAUUGUAACAGAGCUGGAGAGUCCUGUCCAAUCACAGGAGCUCCAGGAGCUGAUUGGUCAGCACCCUCAUGCACUUCCUGUUCAGAAGACCUGGCUGGAGGCCUGCUUCUCUAGACAGAGACAAGUCAACACCACCAAGUUCCUGCACUGCUUUAAAUGAUGUAUCUCUUCAGUACUAUAACACGCAGGAGCCACGGAUCAAUUCCUUUUGCAGCACUCCCUUUCUCCCGCUACAAUGCUACUUUAAUACUUAACAUACUCAACUGAUUACACUGAAGUAGAGAGAAUUCCUUUACUCUAACCCACUGUUCCCCGAGCGCUGAAGACAUGGGUGUCGAUUAAGGAAGCUCCCCCCGCACCUCUCUGAUUCAGAGGGGUUGGGUUAAAUGUGGAAGAUACAUUUCAGUUGAAUGCAUUCAGUUGUACUGACUAGGUAUCUCACUUUCCUUAUCAUUAGGUGUUCUCUAUAUCAGUGGUUCCCAACGUUUAUCAGAUACUGUCCCUGAGGUACCCCCAUGGCUGGGAACCAAUGCUGUAUAUCUGACCAGGUACCACUCUAAAGUGAUAUGUUAUGGAACAGAGAGGUGGGGCUUAUAGAAAAGGGGCGUGGCAUGAGGUAUAAAAGAACUGGGAACUGCUUCCAAGAUGGACAUCUGUUGUUUUUAAUGUAAUCUGCUCAUGUUGGCAUAUGCUGUUUUGUGGUCACUCCCAUCUGCUUGACAGAGCCGGUAACGCCUGAUCACUAGCGCUGUGUGCACUGGCGCUAGCAGCAAUGACGUCAUCCAGAAGCAUUGCAGACAUUGAAUGAUUAUUAAAAGUUCAGCUGUCAGUGAUGGGAAACAAUUUGUUCAGACAAUUAUUAGGAAAAAAAAGCUCUGGAUAUUUUUGGCACAAAGGUGAUAACGAGUGUCUUUUUAGAAUUUUUUAAAUUGGACUUCUAUGGGGAUUGUCGGGGCGGCAGUGUAGCCUAGUGGUUAGAGCAUUGGACUAGUAACCGAAAGGUUGCAAGUUCAAAUCCCCGAGCUGACAAGGUACAAAAUCUGUCGUUCUGCCCCUGAACAGGCAGUUAACCCACUGUUCCUAGGCCGUCAUUGAAAAUAAGAAUUUGUUCUUAACUGACUUGCCUAGUAAAAUAAAGGUAAAAUAAAAUUUAAAAAAUUGUCCUGUUGUGCUUUGCUCGGCUUGGUAGCAACACAACAUGGCAGCAGCAAAAACGCAAUGUGACCAACAGGCACAACCACAGCGGUCCUUGCUAUGCUCCACAUCCACAACCUAACUCUUUUACAUUUCAGAUUACUGGCUUAACGUUAUUUGGGACAGCCCAAGGAUCCCAGAUAGCAUAGAAAGGUCCGCUGUGGUUGUGCCUGUUGGUCACAUUGCGUAUAUAUGUGUGAUGUAUUGUUGUCUAUGCCCAAUAAAGUUUCUAACCUGUUUUGUGCUGCUGCCAUGUUGCUACCAUGCUAUGUUGAAGUUUACAUCCACCUUAGCCAAAUACAUGCACCAAAGUACAUUCAUCCUUCCUGAGCGGAUUCAUUGUGUUUAUACUUGCGUACUGUUUGUACAGAUGAACGAGGUACCUUCAGGCGUUUGGAAAUUACUCCCAAGGAUGAACCAGACUUGGAGGUCAAAAAAUAAAAUUCUGACAUCUUG